AAUAUAAAAGCUUCACUUGCCGGACUUUCAUGGAGCUUUCUGAUAUUAAGCUAUCAAGCUUAUGAAAAGCUACUUAGUAAGCUUCCUGAUAGAAAAACAGCUGGUUUUUUUUAUAGGAAGUGAUACAUUCCCAGGAAACAGCUGGUUUUUAAUGGGAAGUGAUACAUUCCCAGCUUCAGAUACAUUGAAAAUUUACAACCUUUUUUUUUUUUCCUUCUAAACUGGUGGGGUCCUUUAAAUUUUCUCUGUAAAUGACAGCCUAAUCAACAGCCUGGAAAAGUUGGGUAUAUGCAGAAGCAGCUGCUACACUUUAAAAAAAGGCUCUUUCUUUUCUUGGUGACAUUCAUGUAUCUCGACUGGGUUUUUGUCUUUGAGAAUCCAAAAAACCUUAAACUCAAAACCCAUUUCAGGGAAUUGUUGGCUGUUUCCUAUUUUGGCUUCAUUGUAAGGUAAGGGCACUGAUAAAGUUUCGAUCUUUGAAGUAAAGUUUAUGUAAUUUUGCAUUGCAUUUGUAAUGUUUUAGAUUGUAGUUGGAUUAGCAUUGGGGCUAGUUAGAUCUGAGAUUAGAAAGAUAUGAACUUUGGGGGUUGAAUUAUUGGAUAUUAAGGAGUUUUUUGAGGUUGACUUUUUUGGAGUUCUACGGGAUUUUGGGGUUUCUUUAGAUCUUAGUUUACUGGGAGUUAAACGUUGUUUUGAGGCUUUUUUUUUUUGGUUAAUGGUUUGUUCGGUUGGGAACUUGGAUUAUUGUUAGGCAUUUGAGUUAUUGAAAAGGUUGAAGAUGAAAGUGGGGAAUUGGGUGGCUUUGGUUUUAGCUGUUGUUUUGUUUGAGUUUUUGGGUUAUAGAAUACAGGCCUCAUUCACUCCCGCUGAUAACUACUUGAUUGUUUGUGGUUCUUCACAAAAUGUCACAUUCCAAGGUAGAACUUUUGUUCCUGAUUCGGGCCAUUCUUCUCCUUCUUUGAAUAGUGGAAGUUCUUUUGUUGCUAGUUCUAAUGCUAGUGUUCCAUCUUCAAUAUAUCAAUCGGCUCGAAUUUUCUCUGGCAUUGCUUCUUACAAGUUUGACGUCAAGCAAGAAGGUCGGCAUUGGAUCCGGCUCUACUUUUAUCCUCUUCCUAAAUCAGGCCAGAACUUGAAAUCUGCUCCAUUAACAGUCGUCACUGAUGAUUUUGUGCUCUUGAACAACUUCACUUUCAAGAACUAUAAUGGUUCUUUUUUGUUCAAGGAGUAUGCAAUCAAUGUGACUUCCGAUACCUUGACCCUUACCUUCAUCCCUUCAAAUAAUUCAGUUUCGUUUGUUAAUGCAAUCGAAGUUGUCUCCAUUCCAGAUGCAGUCCUGCCUGACCAGGCAUUAGGUCUGAAUCCAUCUGCUCCUAUUAGUGGUCUUUCAGAAUUUGCCAUGGAAACUGUUUAUCGGUUAAACAUGGGGGGGCCAAUGAUCACUGCUCAGAAUGAUACCCUUGGAAGAACAUGGGAGAAUGAUGUAACAUAUCUCCAUGUAAACAGUUCUGCUGUGAAUGUUUCAGUCAAUCCUGCUUCUAUAAAAUAUACAACUUCUGUUUCUAUGGAAACAGCACCAAAUUGGGUCUAUGCCACCGCUGAAGCCAUGGGAGAUGCAAAUGUACCCAGCAUGAACUUCAAUGUAAGUUGGGUCUUCCCUGUUGAUCCAAACUUCAAGUAUCUUGUUCGGGCGCAUUUUUGUGAUAUCUUGAGUCAGUCUCUCAACACUUUGGUUUUCAAUCUAUACAUAAAUGAUGAUAUUGCUGUUCCAAGUCUUGACCUGUCAACAUUGACUGGUAAGCUAAAGGUGCCUUAUUAUAAGGACUUUAUCUCGAAUUCUUCAGUGGAAUCCAAUACUUUGACUGUCAGUAUUGGUCCAGAUUCAGUGGCAGACAUGACUAAUGCCACAAUGAAUGGACUGGAGAUUAUGAAAAUCAACAAUGAUGCUAGAAGCUUGGAUGGGUUUUCUUCUGUUAAGAAUCUCCUUCCGAAAUCAUCCUCAAAGAAGAACAAGACAGGGAUAAUAAUUGGUUGUCUUGUAGGAGCUGUAGCUGCAGUGGCAUUGAUUGGGUUCUGCUAUUGUUACCUGGCAGCACGAAAGUCAAAAACUACUCAUCAAGGACAUCCAUGGUUGCGUUUGCCCUUAUAUGGAAACUCUCAGACAAUGACCAAAAUUUCCACAACAUCACGGAAGAGUGGAACAGCAAGCUGCAUCUCAUUGGCUUCCUCCAAUCUCGGCCGGUUCUUCUCUUUCCAAGAAAUCCUUGAUGCUACCAACAAAUUUGAUGAGAGCCUACUUCUUGGAGUUGGUGGUUUUGGAAGGGUCUACAAGGGAACACUUGAAGAUGGGACUAAAGUUGCUGUCAAAAGAGGUAACCCCAGAUCUGAACAAGGUCUUGCUGAAUUCCGCACUGAAAUUGAAAUGUUAUCAAAUCUUCGCCACAGACACCUUGUCUCUCUUAUUGGUUACUGUGACGAAAGAUUGGAAAUGGUUCUUGUAUAUGAGUAUAUGGCUAAUGGACCCCUUAGAAGCCAUCUUUAUGGAACAAAUCUACCACCUUUAUCAUGGAAGCAACGACUUGAAAUAUGCAUUGGGGCUGCUAGGGGACUUCAUUAUCUCCACACUGGUGCAGCCCAAAGCAUUAUUCACCGAGAUGUGAAGACAACAAACAUUCUCUUGGAUGAGAAUUUUGUAGCCAAAGUAGCAGAUUUUGGUCUCUCAAAAACUGGUCCAGCCUUAGAUCAGACCCAUGUGAGCACUGCUGUUAAGGGUAGCUUCGGUUACCUUGAUCCUGAGUAUUUCAGAAGGCAGCAACUCACAGAGAAGUCAGAUGUGUAUUCAUUCGGGGUGGUUCUGAUGGAAGUUCUCUGUGCUAGGCCAGCUUUAAAUCCCGUUCUCCCAAGAGAACAAGUUAAUAUUGCAGAAUGGGCAAUGACCUGGCAGAAGAAAGGUAUGUUGGAUCAAAUCAUGGAUUCUAAUCUAGUGGGGAAAGUGAAUCCAGCUUCUCUUAAGAAGUAUGGAGAGACAGCUGAGAAUUGCCUGGCUGAGCACGGCAUUGACAGGCCAUCAAUGGGAGAUGUUUUAUGGAACCUUGAGUAUGCCCUUCAGCUGGAAGAGACCUCAUCAGCACUAAUGGAACCUGAUGAUAACAGUACAAACCAUAUCCCGGCCAUUCAGUUGACAGCACUUGAGCCAUUUGAUAACAGUUUAAGCAUGAUCGAUGGAGGGAAUUCUGGCACCGAUGAUGAUGCUGAAGAUGGUGCUACUAGUGCAGUAUUUUCACAACUAGUAAAUCCUCGUGGAAGAUAAAUGACAAUUGGUCCUGCCUUGUCCUGAUUUAGCCGAUGGACAUCCUGAAAAUUCAGUUGUCCUAGCCCUAAGAAUACUUGGAAACAUCCCAAGAGAUUGAAAGAAAGUUUUUCCUUAUAACAUUAUUCUGUUCUUUUUCCUCAAAUUUUCUUUCAUAAUAUAUUUAGUUUGUAAUAUAGUUGAGUGAUGGCUACCAAUCAAUCCAUCAGAAAAUUGCAUGUAACGUACCAUAAACAUUCCAUUAUUGUUGAUUUAAUUCAUCUGGGUUCAAGAUGCCCCUGUUAUUAUUGCACAGUUACCAGAUUAAGGAAUAUCCUAUUUGUCUUUUGUUCACUGUACGAGUUUAGAAUUUUAAGGCAUCAUUUACUAUUUCAGCAGUUUAACUGACUUGCAAUGUUGGAAAUCCAUUAUCUUUAUAUGCGAUUUCAAGUUAUGGUUAUCCAUAGACUGUUCCUGGAAUAUCUGUAAGUUGUCAGAAGCCAUAACCAGAAAAUUUAUGAACUAGAAAGGAAAAAAGUUUCUUCUGACACCCACCAAGAUAUAUUGGCAUUUUCCUUGCUAAUUCAGUACAUGUAGGAAAAUCGAAACAUAUGUUCAUAUCUGGUUAAUUUUGCAUGAGUGGUACCAUGAAUAACAGUGUUACUCUGGCCAAUAUGAUUAUUUGGUGCCUUUUCAAAAUAGCCAACAGAUUUGUCAAUAGAGUGCUAGACUUUUUAGUUUCAGGUUCCAGAGUUGUUUGAUGAACUGCCAAACUAGAUUUACUGAAGGGAAAGAAACAAAAUAAACAGAAAGCUAGAACAUCCAAAACUCGGAAUUUCAUCAU